AUGUGUCGCUCUGUCGGAAAAUACCGAAAGAUCGCUCGGCUCAACGAGGGUUCUUACGGAAUCGUAUACAAGGCUCAAAACAUCGAAACUGGAGAAAUCGUGGCUCUGAAGCGCAUCAAAUUCAGCGAGAACGUGGUUCUCCAAGAAGCCUUUCCCGUCACUGCCCUCCGCGAAAUCAACAUCCUGCAAGACCUGCACCAUCCAAACAUCCUCCACGUGCAGGAAAUGGUCAUCGGCGACACGCUCAACGAAGUGUAUAUGGUGAUGGACUUCGAGCCUUUCGAGCUCGGCAAGACCAUCCGAACCAUCAAAACCGACCUGACCGCCAGCGAGGUCAAGACAUUGCUCCACCAGCUCCUCUCCGGCGUCGCGUAUCUGCACCAGAAAUGGUAUUUCCAUCGCGAUAUCAAGCCCAGCAACCUCCUCUACAAGAACGGCGUGCUCAAACUCUGCGAUUUCGGAAUGGCCAGGCGGUUCAGUCGGCCGUUGGAGCGCUACACGCAGCACGUCUGCACGCUGGUGUACCGAGCGCCGGAGCUCCUCGCCAACCCGCAGGAAGACGCUCGCUAUCCUCCGUCGCGCAGCAUCCUCUACGACGAAAAAAUCGAUCUGUGGAGCGUCGGGUAG